AUGGAACCGAAUAAAUUGGUUGUUUACGUGUAUGUAGACGUAAGCAACCAAUUCACUCAAGCCUUGAAGACACCUACCUACCCUUGGGGAACACAGACUUCGUUAAAGAAUUCCACUCCUUACCGGUUCUGCUUCAAUACGAAUCGCUUCGGCGGAUUCCCAAAAGAUCCGAAGCAGCGUGCCGCCUGGUUAGAAUCUCUGUGUAUUCCAAGUUUUACGGUGACUCCGAAACAUGUGAUAUGCUCCGAACAUUUUAAAGAGGAUGACUUCUAUCAAACCAAACUCGGGACCAGACGAGUGAAGUAUGGCGUGGUACCUGUUAUAAAUUAUGAUCAACAACAGCCGGCAUCUAGGGUCUGCAAGUUAUGUCUCAGAAUAGAUGCGAAAAUGUAUGAUCUUAAGGAAGACAGUUUAAAUAAGAUGUAUCAAUAUGUUGUAGGAAUUGAGUUAAACAUAACGGAAAUAUCAAAACUCUAUCGAGAACAUAAUCUAAAAUCAAAUUUAAUAAUAAAAGAAUUAUAUAAUUACGACUAUGAAGCGAUCAAUAGCACAGAAUCAGACACAUUCGUUAAAACAGAAACAACAGGCUAUGCUAUUGAAGAAGUUAUAGAUGAAAGUUCGCAAAUAGAUGAAAUAGUUAUAAAAAAUGAAAAUAAUGUCACUGAAGAUGAUAAGAAAGCCGAAAUUGAUAUAGCGCCUUCUAAUAGCGAAGAUAAAUUUGAAAACGAAGCUCCUAAAGUAAAUUGGGAUAAUAUUAUACUAGUGAAAACUCCAACGGUUACAGAUUAUCAAUUCAAUAUUUCGGUUUUUGAAAAUAAUACCAAAAUGGCUGAAGAUGAUCAAGCGAUUGACGAUAGUUUUGAUAUGAACAUCGAUGAUGGUAACGAUGUGGAAGAGAAGGUUGUGGAUGAAAACCCUAUAAGGAGGGGUAGGAGGAAAAAAGAGGAAGCUACGAAAAAUCGGUGGAUUGUGUCGCACAAGAAACCAUACGUGAAACCGACUAUUCCAAUUGAUGAAACUGUUUUCACAGUGAAAGCUCUGUCGCAGGAGCGUUUAAUUGAAGAGGUUAUGGCGCGCAAAAAUAGCGCUCGAUAUUUGAGAGCUCGCUUCAAAUGCACUGUUUGUUAUAAAGGAUUUCCAAAUAAGGAUAAACUCGACAGACAUAGUUUGAAACAUAGUGAGAAAGCGGGUCCAUUAAAAUGUGUGAUAUGUAUGGUUCGUAUGAAGCUAAGCAGACAAAUGAGGGCCCACAUGAAGAAACAACACACUUCGGAGUUUAUAUGUAAACUCUGUCCGUUGGUGACAAGAAAUAGGCAUGUAGCACUCGGUCAUAUGAAGUUCCACGCCGGUAGUAAAUACAUGUGUCCACAGUGUGGUGUGCAAUUCGAAAAACAAACAACUUUAUUGAAUCACUUGCGGCUUAAGCACGUUUCUGAUUGUGUUUGUGAGCUGUGCGGAUACACGUUCGUCGGUGCCAACGGAGUACGGGCCCACAAGAGAAUGAGGCAUAGAUUCGAUGAACAAAGUGAGCAACUGAAAGGACCGUACUGUGAAGUUUGUGAUAUAAAGUUUUUGAACAACAAGGCGUAUAGGAAACAUCUGCGGCUCUCCUCUAAGCAUUUGAAGAGCGAAGAUGACCCCAAUCGCCUCAGCAACGACCCCUCAAUAAAGACACGUCGACUAGACAGAUACACUGCCCCAGUACGUCGCAUCACAAUACACAGACGUGAAGAUAUUGAUAUACCAAAUGGCACAGUCACUUGUGAACAGUGCGGCGUCGAGUCCGGUGGAGUCCGAGCGUACUCGCGUCACUUCCGUCGGGCGCACCCGGGUCUGCUUCCGACGCAGUGCGGCACGGCCGUCAAUCCGUACAUGUGCGAGCAUUGCGGGAAAAUGUUCUUGAAUACAACCACUUUGGAAGGUCACAUGUGGGUGCAUACAGGGCAGAAGCGGUUCCAAUGUGACCACUGCCACAAGACCUUCAGUAUGAAGUCCAAUCUAGCGGGGCAUAUGAAGCAACAUGAGGCAGUGCGUCAGUCAUACGCGUGCCAGCUGUGUGGAAAACAGUUUGCCUUCAAUCAUAACCUGACGAGGCAUUUACGGGUACAUACAGGAGAAAGGCCCUUCAAAUGUGGCGCGUGUGAGAAGACUUUUAGGACGAAUGGGGAACUCAAAGCGCACGUCGACCACGUACAUUUGAAAAUACCUAGACCCAAACGGAUUAGGAAACCUAGGAAAUGCGAUAUACCUAACUUGGAGUACUAAG